AUGGAGCUGCAGAGAAUUAAUCUGGAAAAUCCCAACUGGGACGAAGAUGAAGAAGAAGAACACAUGAUCCUGGUGGAGGACGGAUGCUACGAAUCCUCCGUCUCCAAGGAGAAACAGGACUCUGAUCGACCAAUCCGACUCAAGACCGAUAAAUGUGGUCGUCCGCUCCUGGAGACGCCUGCCGACCUGCAGAACCUCAUGGCUCUGAGGAAGACCAAACGAGAGAGGAAGGCCCCGCCCAGGAAACCCGCCCCCGUCCAGAGAGUGCCGUACUAUGUGGAUGAGGAGGACUUCUUCAAAGCCUGUGACGAGCAGCAGAUGCUGGUGAUUGACAGAUACCUGUCCAUCGGUGGAGACGUCAACGCCCUGGACACGUUUGAGCGUACAGGUCUGCAGAGAGCAUGCUCCAAAGGUCACACAGAGGUCGUCAGUAAACUACUGGAGGCCGGAGCCAACGUCCACAACAGAGACAAGCUCUGGUCCACAUGUCUUCACACUGCUUGUCGAGGUGGAAGUCUGUCUGUUCUUAAACUCCUGCUGAACCACGGAGCUGACAUCACUGCCACUGAUAAGCUGGACAGUACUCCUCUUCAUGUGUCUGUGAGGGUCGGACAUUAUGAACUGGCCGAACACCUGAUCCAAUGUGGAGCUGAAGUCAACACACAGGACAAGGAGGGAGACACCCCCCUUCAUGAUGCUGCUCGACUCAACAAGCAUAAAGUCAUCCAACUACUGUUACAACAUGGAGCCAAUACAGACACGAAAAACCAGGAUGGGUUGUGUCCUCUGGACGGUGUCCUGGAAUGGCAGAAUGAAGCCAAGACUCUCCUGACCGAGCAGAAUGACAGGAAGUGAAACCGACCAAUCACUGCUCACCGCCACACCUCCAUCAGUUUAAUGUG